CCGGGAUUGAUCUGAAGCCCAUGAUUCAAAUCACGGAUUCGUGCGGCAACCUGCUCUUUUCUCUCCCGCUCAGAAAUUUUGCCACGUCGGGCAUUGUUCAUGCCCUCCACCAAGCGAGCCAGUACCAUAGCUGUUCUCCGGCAUUAUUCGUCACGGACAACAGCAGUGUCGUGGCAUACAAAAGAUUCGGUACAAUUGUAUGCCGUGGCCGUCUCAAUGUUGAACCGGUCUUCACACGUGUGGCCUCCCUCAGAUCUUGACCGACGCGACGACGCGUUCCUCGUCCUGGCAGUCGUCCACAGUGGCGGCCUUGUUUCUGAGAGCAUUCCCUCACUGGUGAUGGAGCGGCUCAGGGGGUGGCUCUCGUGUCUCCACCGGGCCGUUGUCUUGCUUCUAGGAGCGUGUCCACCCACACCGAUGGCUGGGGCUAAAAAGGCGCUGCAGGUCAGCCCGGCAAUCGUACGCAACUGAAUGGAGUUUUCACCCCCGACAUCUAUCAGACGUUGGGACCUUUGUUGCGCUGCCUACUUUCUGAGGGUGUAGACCCAGGUCUGUCACCUGCUCCCAUACACGUCGGGCCUUCGCUUCAGUGCGCCGAAUACGUCGGUACGUCCGCCCGGAGAAUGUCCGUCACCCACAGAGUUAGGCAUUUUGUCAGGCUUCUCUGCAUCAGCCUGGGAGCUGCUGCAGGAGGUCCAGAAGGGGCUGCACGAGCUCGAUGGCGGUGCAGAUAAACGGGUAUGUAGGCAAUCAAACUGCCGCCAUGGUACGGCAUUCUGUAUAUCCCUUCACUCCUGGGCCAGGAGCCGCAACUCUGUGCGGCGUUAUCGUGGAAAGGAAGAACGCUCGCAGCCACACCCAAGUGGUUCGCAAUGGUUGCCCGGCCAGAUCCAUCUGCGGACAUAUCUGACUGCAGCACAUUGCGUGUCCUUUGCAGGAAAUCCCAGGACACCAUCGACCAGUUACUGCUUCUCGCUCACGCAGACACCGUUGGCGUGCCCCGUAAGGGUCAUGGUGGAUUCCCUCUUUGACAUUCAUGUACCGGUGCGGGCUCCUCUGCCUUUAGGAUUCGGUUCAGCCCUUGAGCGCAAGGACGCUUCUCAAUCGAGCCAAUGCCCCGUCCGUGUCCCUACAGCGCACGGAGGCUACGAUCAGGAGCCAGACGAUGCAUCGUGUCCGAAAGUGAGGGCGUAGUGGAUGAGCCACGUCGGUGCGUGUCCGUGAUUGCUGUCUUCCUCACCGUAGAGCCUCACGUCGUUGACAUGUCUUCGUCUCUAUGGACCUUCAACUCGGUGCCCAAAAAGGACAAAAGAUGCAUCAUUAGGAGCCCAAGGUCAGGAUAGAGAUCGUAUCACGUGGGCUUCACCAUUUCACAUCGCUGAGUGUGUGCAGACGAUGGUGCAGCCUGCCAAGAGGAAUGUGGCAAGACUCGUAUGAUCCCUGAAUCGUUCGCAUCCGUGCCUCUGCCAUCCGGGGCUCCCAGUCGGGUGUAUCAUCGCGGCAUGCCAUCGUUGACCAGCAGCAUCCCUGUGCCUACCCGUGAGCCGGUGCCAGAGGAUGACAGCAGCAUCCCAUCGUAUCCGACUACACCGAGAAGCUGGCGAGGGGAAGCAGGGCACAACUUGGUGUUGUUCCAGAUGCCCUCCAGGCCUGGACAGGAGGAGGGUGACGAGGGGGACGGCGAGGCAAGUGAGCUCAUGUCGUUGAGAGACGGGGAGGCCAACCCAGCGCCAGCGGGCGGGACGGCGCAAUCCAAGGACAGGCCGCACUCCAUCGAGGGAGACAGCGACUCCUCGUCAUCGCACGGCGGAACGGACAGGUCCGUGCAGAGCGCUGUGCACACGCCGCCAGACACACAAUGCGCUCUAGACUGCUUUGCGACCGGUGCGGACUGCGUUAUGUGCAGUCCCAUCCCGAUGCCCUCACAGCCCGGCCAGGGCCCGCCCUACGGGUUUGCGCACCUGAGACAACUCUCAACGGGCCCAGCAGCAGUUCAAACAUCUGACGGCUAUCCCUCCUGCAUCGACACGUCUGCCAUCCGCUGUUGCCGCCUACCGAGAGGCAUUAGCCCCGUCUUCGUCGCUGAUGCAGGGCAAGUAGAUGCGCCGCCGGGGGACAAGGCAGGCCAGUCCGAAGCGCCUAGCAGUGCCGAGCCUUUGCCUGCUGAUGGUGAGUGCGAGCGCUCACUGGUCCUGAGCGUACUGGAAGAUAGACAGGAGCGCAGUUCCAAUAUCAGUCCCAAGAUGCUCCAUCAGGUGAGCGCAAGGGAAAGGAGACAUGCCGUCCUGCCGUGCAUCUCUGCGUUGUCCAUGCAGGUGUUGUCUAGUGACCCGUGUCGUCGUCGCCUACGUAGCUGCCUCGGGGACUUGUGCACGACCUGCAUUCCAAUGCCUCAACACGUGGACUGGUAAGGCCGCGCGCAAACGAGGGUGUGUGGUGGGAUUCGCAGGUGGACCACCCUUCUUGUUGGCAGCGCUUUGCUGAUCGAUACAGCCAGUCACGAAUCCCUUGUACAGGUCGGCAUUUUCAUAUGAAUCCCUGCCUGAUCUCCUCGUUCCGUCUACUAUCCUUCCCGUCUUUUUCUGCCCUAGCCCUCCGUGGCCGGGUGCAUUCCACAGCAGUCUUCCAGGCAACGGAAGCUCAUUUGCGGCAUAAGGUGCGCAGUAGGGGAUGCAUCAGGGGAGUGAAUACGGACGACAGGCCAGGCCGGGUCACUGAUUUACAAUACAUCACCUGUUUUUAUUGCAUGAAGGCGCAUAGCCCUAUGGCGUUCUUCUCUGCCUCCCCUGAGCGCCUGCCGGCCAUUCCAUGUGGUGGGGCUCUCCAGCUAUACUGUCGUCGGGGGCCGCAGAGAUGACGAUGGGCUCGAAGUAUGGAUAGCGAGCACCAGAGGGGCGCGACUGGAUGGCCCGGCGCAUCUGUUGGAGAGGCCGACUUACGGCACUCGCGUGGCGCUGUCGACAGUGAAGAACAUGCUCCAGACGGCGCCGUCCUUGUUGCAAGUGCGGGAAGUGCAUGGAGAAGAACCCGAUGCGGCUGCGAGCAGUGUCCCGCACGAGACCUCCGCUCUUUUGUGGCUGGUGGAGACGAUGAGCAGAGGAUGCACGUUGCCUGUCACGAAAUAGAUGGAGACACUAGUUCAUGGAUGGGGACUACUCCAAACGGAAUGACGACAUUGAAAGAACCCGGGCUGGACGGGGAGUCAUGCCGUCCAAUUUGAUGCCGUCUCGCAGGACACCUGGCAUCUGUGAGUACCAGGGUACAUUACUGGUGGCGGAUACGGACUCGGACAGUGCCGGUGGUUGCUUUUCUUAGCUAGGCGGUGGUGUGGGUGGCCCGCUUUGUCCAGUGUGUGUGUGGAAAAAUACUGUUGAAUGAAAAAU